AUGAUUGUUGUCGCCCUUGCCCUCGUGGCCGUCGCUGUCGCCCGUCCAGCGACUGAACCCGAACCCCCAAAAAUCCUGCGGUCGGACUUCAACCAACAACCCGACGGCGCUUACAACUUUGGAUUUGAAACUGAGAACGGCAUCAACCGUGGCGAGACUGGUGAGGUAAAAGAAGUUCUGGACGAGGAAAAAAAGCCACACAACGUCGUAGUUGUCCGUGGCACUUACUCCUACACCGACAAGGACGGCAAACUUGAGUCGAUUACCUACUACGCUGACGAGAGCGGCUUCCACGCUGAAGGCGACUCCAUCCCCAAGAGCCCCGCCGCGAGGAGA